GUCUCUCUCUCCGACGGUCUCGCUCUCGAGCUCUCUGUCUCCAUCUCCAGAGCUCUCUCUCUCUCUCUUCUCCGACGUUCUCCGACGAUUCAAGCUCCGUUGAAACCCAUCUCCAGACGCUCUCUCUCUCCGACGGUCUCUCUUCUCCGACGCUCUCUCUCUCCGACGCUCCCUCUCUUCCCAAGCUUCGUCUGUCUCUCACUCUCUCAUAAGGUCGCAGGCUCUCUCAAGUUCAAACCCUCUCCAUGCUCAGGCUCUCUCAAGUUCAAACCCUCUCAAGCUCAGACUCUCUUUAGUAAGGUCGCAGGUCUCUCUCAAGUUCACUCUCUCAAGCUCAGACCCUCUUUAGUAAGGCACUCUUCUCAAGCUCACACUCUCCAGCUCUCUCUUCUCCGACGCCUCUCCAGCUCUCUCUCUUGCUCUCUCAUCUCAAGUGCAUUCCUCUCACUUUUUAAGAUGGCAAAAGAGAUGCUUGAAAGAUGGAUGUUGGAAGAUGAGGAUGGUGAUGAUGAUGAUGAACUUGGUUUGUUUGAUGUGCCUAUUACCGAGAGAUUGAGUCAUAGAACAGAUCGAGGAGCAGGAUGGCGACAUGUUCAACAACUUAUGUAUGAAUCUGAUCAGCAAUGUUAUGACAUUCUUCGAAUGAAUCAAAGGACUUUUGAAGCUUUGUGCAAGAUGCUAGCUGAGCGAUAUGGAUUGAAAGAGACUCACCAUGUCUACCUUGAAGAAUCUGUGGCGAUGUUUCUCGAGACUGUUGGUCAAGAUAAGACGAAGCGGGAUAUUGCUGCAAGGUAUCAAAGAUCAGUGGAUACGGUCCAAAGGAAGCUUGAUGAAGUUUUGAGUGCUCUUCUCAAAUUUGCGCAGGAUACAUUAAGACCACAAGAAGGCGAGUUUGGAAGAGUGAGUCCUGUUUUGAGGAAUGAUGAUCGGUAUUGGCCUCAUUUCAGAGAUUGUGUUGGAGCACUCGAUGGAACUCAUGUGCCGGUUCGCCCUCCAAGUCAAAAUGCAGAAGCAUAUAAAGGUAGAAAACAAGAUCCUACAAUGAAUGUUCUUGCUAUAUGUAACUUCGACAUGAAGUUCAUAUACGCAUAUCUCGGUGUACCUGGUAGAGCACAUGAUACAAAAGUCUUGACUCAUUGUGUGAGGAAUGAGGCUUCUUUCCCACAUCCUCCUCCUGGAAAAUAUUAUCUAGUUGACUCGGGAUAUCCGACCAGGACUGGGUAUCUUGGUCCGCAUCGGAGUAUGCGAUAUCAUCUUGGUCAGUUUGCUAGAGGAGGACCACCAGUUAGUGCACGAGAGUUGUUCAACCGAAAGCAUUCAGGAUUGCGAUCAGUGAUUGAGAGGACAUUUGGAGUAUGGAAAGCAAAAUGGAGGAUUUUGGAUCGUAAGCAUCCAAAGUAUGGUCUGGUCAAGUGGAUUAAGCUCGUGACAGCGACGAUGGCGCUACACAACUUCAUACGUGAUUCACAUCGAGAAGAUCAUGAUUUUGUACAAUGGCAAAGUGAUGAUGAUGGAGAAGGAGAAGCAGAAGGAGCUGAUGGUGAUGAAGAAGGAGAAGAAGGUGAUGAUGAUGAUGAUGAUGAUGAUGAUGAUGAUGAUGAUGAUGAUGGUGGUGGUGGUGGUGGUGGUGGACAUAUUGUAUAUGAGCCGACCGGUGAUAGUGCGAUGGAAGCUUUGCGUAAGAGCAUCGCAGAUGAAUAUGGUAGAGGUCGUUUGCCGUAUUAAAUGUUUUAGUUAACUUUUUUUUUUGCUUAUAACUUUGAUUAUCAGUUUUAUGUGAUAUUUGAAAUAUUUGUUUUAUUUAUUUAAGACUUAUGUAUUAUUUAGCUUUUGUUUAUGAUAAAAAAUGUUGUUAAAUCUACAAUUUUACAAUUUUACAAAUUCAUAAAAUUAAAAUAUGAAAUUUUACAAUAUUUUACAAUUUUAUAAAAUUUUAUUUAUUUAAAUAGAAUUUUAAAAAUUCAUAAAUUUAAAAUAUGAAAUAAAUGAAAAUUGCGUCUGCGGCAACCAAACGAACAGAACUAAAUCUGCUUUCUGCGUCUGCGGCUGCGGCUACGGCAAUGUCCUGCGUUUACGAAACGAACAACAAGCUGCGGCUGCGGCUGAGUCUGCGGCUACAAAACGAACAACAAUCAAACGAAUGGCCGCAGCCGCAGCCGCAGACUCAGCCGCAGCCGCAGGAAUCCGCGUCAAUGAAACGAACAGCACUAAUAUGGUUAGUUACAUUGAAGGGAUUAGGGGGACCAUUUGAAUUUAUAUUGUAUGUGUUGUCAGAUUAUAUUAGGGACCAUCCCUUAUUUUUUGUCCAAACAUGUACGCCAAAUGUUACAAAUCACUAGAGGACCAUGUCUUCAUCAUUCCAAUGGCUUAACACUCCUAAUCAAGGUUGAAAUUAUUUUUUGAAGCUUUUGUAAUGUUCUUCUCUUGUCUCACUAAUUUCAGGGGACUGAGCAAGAAUUCAAUACCUUAAAUAUUUGAAUUUACUCUAUGCAUAUGCAGUCUUGUGAUUAUGACAAGAAAGUGACUGAUCAAAACUUUUUGUUUGUGCAAACUGAAAAGAAACACCCUCGUAAAAUCAUAAGUUGUAGUAUAAGAAACUGGUUUUCCUUUAGUUUACAUUAUUAGUAGUAUUAAUUUUAGAUACGAGUAUAUAUAAUGAAGAGAGAAAUCAAUGUAGGGAGGGGACAAGAAUCUCUGAACUUUAAUGAACCGAACAUGUCCCCAAGUCCGGACCACGGUCAAUUCAACUAAUCUCAAAUUUGGAGCUGUUUGUUUACAUUAUCUUAGUUGUUUCAUUACAUUAUCCAUCUAAACGCAUUUCUUUUCCUUUACGUUUCCCUUUUACAAUCCAUUGGUCCCCAUAAUAUUCUCAUUAAAAAAAUUCAGUAACAGUUACGGUUUCAAAAUCUGACCAGUCUACAUUAUUCAACUUAAACUGUAACACACAGACAAUUUUAUAUCUGCAGCACAGAAAUAUCCAACUGUAACACACAGACAAUUUUAUAUCUGCAGCACAGAAAUAUCCAAAGAGUGCACGCACAUCUCUAUAAACGAUAAAACAAAAUUAAUAUCUAAAAACACUUGACGUAAACACUUUUUUCUUCUUAGUUCUUAUUGUUAAUGUUGUUGUCCUCGAGACGAGAGGGUCAAGCAAAGAAGGAGAAGCAAAAGCUGCCAACAAAAUUCGACUUUGGUUUUAUCAAAAUGUGUGCAAUGGAAUCCAACGUCGAGAAGCACGAAUGGUCUUAGUCGAAAAUUUCAUGUAAAGUAUACUAUUUCAUUUUAACAAGUGCAAAUGUUUGCAACUUGCAAAGAAAAGUGAUUGUUGCUCAGAAGGAGAAUUGUAAAGAGCUUCUCAUCCAUCAUGUUGAGGUUUGUUAAGUUUUAGCGCACAUAUACCAUAAACUAACCAAAUACCUUUAAUCCUCAUUACUUGUUUUCUCAAAUAUCAACUUGGUUUGAAUAUAACAACAGUUACAUAAUACAAAGAAAUGACGCACAAUGCCUCAUUAUCUAAGAGCAACUAACAGUAUUAUUCUUUUCAUAUCUUUUGAUUCUCUCUGAAGACUAAAGAAGGGGAGAUUUUCCCAAGAGUGUGAUUUAAUAAAGCUGCUAAAAACUCCCUAUAAGGUGAAGAAAACUGAUGCAAAUUAAA